UGCCGAUCUUAGCCGAUCGUGAGCUGGAAAUGAUAUAGCAAAUUGCAGAGAAACGUCACCAGUUCUCCAGAAUCUUCUGUUGCUGUUGUCAUUGUUGCUAUAUAAACAACACCUACUAACGUUUGCACAUAAUCAUUUCUGGACUCAGUUUGAAAAUAACGGAGCAUUCGAUCAGAUACACAUUGCUGUAAGCAGUAAUUCCCUUGAUAAUAUCUCCACAAAGUCGACCGCAAAAUGUCGUUGACAAUAAAAGCGUACAAAUCUACCGAUGACCAAGGAAAGAAUUUCGACGAGAUUCGUCGUUUUAGUGUACCUAAACAGCUCACCUUCGAUCUCUUGUUCAAGAAAGUAUGUGAAGUAUUCCCGAGUCUCUCUCACGGCAAAUUUACUCUGUACUGGCAAGACUCUGAUAAUGAUCUGAUAAGAUUCACAAGUGACAAUGAAUUGAAUGAAGCAAUAACUUCUCUUGAUAGUUCAAUUUUUAAAAUCAUAAUCAAAGUAAAUGAUUCUAAGCCAAUGCCUGAUACUGGAGCUGAUGAAACAGUGCAUCCUCAUGUGAUCUGUGAUGGUUGUGAUAAACAAAUAAGUGGUCCUCGUUUCAAAUGUCUUGCUUGUCCUGACUAUGAUCUCUGCCAAGAGUGUGAGAAAAAGGACUGUCAUCCAGAACAUCCUAUGAUGAAGAUUCCUAUUCCAGGAAUGGUUCCUCCUCCAUAUUGCCCAAAAGAUGGUGGUGAUUAUAGCUUCACUUUUGCUGGCCCCGGAGGUUGUUCUUUCAGCUCAACAACUUCAUCCUCUUCUACUACCAACAAGACACCAGAUGAGAAAAAAGACAAAGACGAAGCUAAAAAACCUCCAGGAUAUGCUCAAAACAUGUUCCAAAAUCUUGGAGAGCACUUAUCCUCUGUGCUGAACCCAUUUGGUAUUGAGUUGGAUAUGAAACUGGAAAAAGAGGGUCAAUUCCAUAAAGUUUUCAGUGGCCGCCCAGGUGCAAAUGGACCACAUCCACCCCCACCACCCCCACCUCCAUUUGGUUUCUUUGGACCAUUUGGAGUUCCUCCUAUGGGUCCUCAUGGCCCACACAAACCACAUGUGUUUACCAGUGGCCCACACGUGUUUACUAGUGGCCCACAUGUCUUCACCAAUGUUCAUCAUGAUGCAGCUGCUGAUCCUAAUAUGUCACCAUCUGAUAUUGCUGAAAAAGCUCAUAAGAUUGCCCAUGCAGUUGCCACUGCUGCUGCUACCGCAGCUGCAGCUUCUGCUGCUGCUGCAGCUGGUGCCGAGAAGAAAGAGGAAACUACCCCCGAAAAGCCUGUUGAGAAACCAGAAAGUACUUGUGGGGAUUUUAGCUCCACAGCUGACUUUGUAAAUGAGGAAACUACAAAAGCCCCUCCUGCUGCUGGUGAAACUUUGUGUGCUGAUGGUUGGACCGUUCUUUCACCUAAGAAUGAUCUAUCUCCCGAAAGCCGCAAAUCUGCACCUUAUGAGAUGGUCAGUGAAAACAUCAAACAAGAUAAUUCUUUAUAUUAUCCAUCAGAUCCAAAAAUUGCUGAUUCACUUGACCAGAUGAUGAGUAUGGGAUACUCAAAUGAAGGAGGCUGGCUGACAGUUCUUUUGGAAGCUAAAAAGGGAGAUAUCAGCGCAGUAUUAGAUACAAUCCAAAACAGCAUGAAGAAAAACUAAGCUUCAUCCUAUUGCACCUCACACUUCUAUUAGUUAUUAUUCAUUUAAUUCUUUUGUCAUGUAUAUGGAAGUAUAUCAAUUACUAAAUAAAUAAUUUGCAAUUGUUUCUUUUUUUUUUCUUAAGUUUUUCAUGGACAGAUAUUAUUUCAGAUAGUCUAAACAGUAUAUUAUAAUCUUACUUAUUUAAAUUUACUAAUUUUAUUCACUCUAUGAAUUUUUAUGUAUUGUAGUUUGUAUAGUUUUUAAUUCUUGUUUCUAUACCAUCAACAGAACCUGACUGUUAAGUAGUUAUUAGUUCACAUCAGUCUUGUCACUACAUAUAUUUAACUGUCCAACCCAUGCCAGCAUGGAAAACAGACAUUAAAUGAUAUAUAAAGGGGACACACACACUCACAAAGUGAUUCAAGAGUCUCUGCAGCAUUAAAUCAACUGACACUGAAGUCUCUUGAGCUUCUUAAUUUAGGUCUUGUUGCCUCAUUUCUAUAUACUUCAAAUUCCACCUACUCUCUAUAGUCUCCGUCUGACUACCCACUGCAUUCAUUUAACACCUACUACUAAACACCAGUUCACUCUGUUUACUACCAUAGUUGAGAUUUCAGGAUAGCUGUCAUUUAUUCUGCUAUCUGUCUGAACUGCCUUGGGCAGUUGCUCUAAGUAUAUGCAGAUCAGUGAACAAGAUUGUCAUGUUGAAUCAGUUCUGAAUCAAUGAAUAUUGUCUUCUAUUGAUAAUGACUGUUUUCUUUACACACAUAUGUAUAUAUACAUAUAUAUAUACACACACACAGACAACAAAAUUG